CUGACUCAAAGGAUGCAGCACAACAUGAGGGACAGCGACCACCAAGAAGACCCUUACAGAGCCUCAGUUGUGGAACUGCAUAUGUGUUCACUGAAACACAUCCACCAUUAUCAUAAUAACGCCUUUCUACAUUUUACAUGCAAAUUAUGGAUAACACCCCAUGAAACCUGAGCAUGAAAGGGUAGGGCUUAGGUCAGAGGGUGAGCUCCCACCACUGGCAACACCCUGGGUGAAGAGGGCCAACGAGACACCGCUGGAUCCACAGGUGAAUCAGGUGACUCAAAAAAAAAGAGAAGGAAAAAAAAAGAAGGCGACAAUGGAAAAUUGCAUUUCUUUGUCCCUGCUGCAUUUAGGAUGUGGUUGUGCCCCAGGAGCCUAGAGAAUUGCAGUUAUGAUGCGCCUGAGCUCAGGGCCCAACUUUCCAUCUACGUAUAAACAUUCCUCUAGCUUCAGCCGGAGUGUUCACUUCUGGUUUGCGUAAAAAAUAUUUGCAAGAACUCUCUUGAGUAGGAUCAUUUAAGUAUGAUUUCGGCCACAGCUAUUUACAAGUUCAGGCUUCGACUGAAGUGAGUAAUCAAAUUACAUUAAGCCUCUGAAGUUUGCCUUUUAUUUAUCUAUUUCCCCCAAUUGUGUGGCUCGGUCUGCCUUUGGCUGCGUUCCCUGCAGCCUACCCGAGGGCUCUGCAGUUACAUAAGGCUCUGUCUGCUGGGAGCCUAUAUAAAGCCUUUUUGCAUGCCAGCAAGAGGCAGAAUUUUAUCAAGAUCCAGGUCCCACUGCUGUGGUUCGCACAAGCAGGAGGAGAUUUGCUUGAAGAUAUACCGAAACCUGAACCCCGGCUGGUCUGUUUGCUAGCCAGUACUUCACAGCUGUCAACCUGAGUCGCAAAUAGCAGCUACUGUAAGUGGCUGCUGUUCACUAUGAAGAAUUUUUCAUUUCCUAUGCAGGAUAACACACAUCAGACCGAGAGUCCUUCUUCUCACAGAUUCCUGAGUUUGACAAAUCAGUCAGAUCCUGUUGGAAGACCAGAAAGAGAUGAGCAAUUAGCUCAAGUAGAGAUUGCUGUACUGGGGGUCAUAUUUUUGACAGCGUCUGUGGGCAAUUUUAUUCUCAUACUGGUGCUGUGGCGAAGAAGAAGGAAGCUCUCUAGGAUGUAUGUGUUCAUGCUUCACCUCAGCAUUGCUGACUUAGUGGUAGCUUUUUUUCAAGUGCUGCCUCAACUCAUAUGGGAUAUUACAGAUGUUUUCAUAGGGCCAGAUUUCUUGUGCAGAAGUAUCAAGUAUCUACAGUUGCUGGGCAUGUUUGCCUCUACUUACAUGAUAGUGGUCAUGACAGUGGACAGAUAUCAAGCAGUUUGCUACCCUAUGGUCACUUUCCAAAAGAAGAGAGCUCUCUGGAACAUCCCCAUUUGCACCAGCUGGUCUAUAUCACUGUUUCUUAGCCUACCGCAGGUAUUUAUCUUUUCUAAGACUGAAAUAUCUCCAGGUAUUUUUGAAUGUUGGGGUGAAUUUAUUCAGCCAUGGGGUCCAAGGGCAUAUGUGACUUGGAUUUUUGUAGUUAUAUUCUUCAUUCCCUCAGCCAUCCUCAUCACUUGCCAGGUUAAGAUUUGCAGAAAAAUCAAAAGAAAUAUGUGUGUUAAAAACCAGAAUGAAUAUGAAGUAACAAAUCAGAAGCAAGUCCUGCCAUCCCGAGCAAGCAGUGUGAACUGUAUUUCAAAGGCUAUGAUCAAGACUGUAAAAAUGACAGUGGUGACAGUUGUUGCAUAUGUUCUCUGUUGGUCACCUUUCUUCAUUGCACAGCUGUGGUCCGUGUGGUUCCCCAGUGUCGUGACAGAAGGUUCGGCAUUCACCAUUAUCAUGCUCCUUGGCAAUUUAAAUAGCUGUACCAACCCCUGGAUUUACAUGUAUUUUUGUGGCCACAUUCCAUAUUGCACAAGUAAGCAGGUAGAGAACACCUCGGCUCAAGAGGAAUCGGUGAUCACAGGAAGCAUUCAUCUUGUAGACAGAGACCCUGAGGAAAAUAGUACUGCUGCAUAACUGUUGAAUGCUUUUUGUGGUUCUGUUUACAUUUGCUACAUUCACAAGACAUAUUAGUAUUUUACCACCAUCCCAUGUUUUGUGGAUAAAGAAGCUGGGAAAUUGUCUUUUGUUGUAUAAAUAUGUUUCUCUGCAGUUCUGUAGCAUAUACAGGAAGUUUCUGUGUUGUGCAAGCCUGACUCAGUAGUUCCAUCACCACUAUGUUAUCAGAGUGAAUUCUUGUAAAGACUGAUAGAGAUAUGUAAAAGUGUCUUAUAUAUUUUUUGUCCUGAAGUACUUUCCCUUCUCUGAUUCUGGGUUUCUAAGCAGUAAAAUUUUACAACUAACUGGUCCAACAAAUUAAAACAUAAUUGGAAACUCUGGCAUACUUAGACUUGAAUAUGUUUUCUAGUUGAACUGUGAAUUGUUCAUCAUUCUCGUGUCACUGGGGAGAAGUCUGGCAAAUCUUGAGAAGGCAGCAGAAAGUCAGGAAAAUCCUUUGCCAGCUAUUAUCAAUACCUGCUUUAAAUUAACUCCUUAUGUACAUUUAUAAAAUGCCAAGCAGCAUGCUAUCAUUAAAAAAAAGAAAAGGAAUUUGAUGUUCUUGUGACAAUGAAUACCUACUUCCGUUUCAGAUGCCAUUGUGGAUCACAGGUAUCAUCAGCAGAGUAGCAGUUCAGGUUUGU